CAUUUUUACAAGACAAUGCAUGGCCAGCAAAUUGACCCGCAGCACUGCGUCCUGUACCUCUAGUCGCCCUAGCUGAUGCCCACUGCCAAAGCGUCGAGCUUCUUGUGGUGAUAAUGGUGGCCGCGGUAAAAGGAGUCGAAGCUCAACAUGAGGUGGUGAAGAAUGUCCUGUGCAUGGAGGGUGGGCAGGGGGAGACCAGCUACAUCAGCAACAGCCAGGUUCAGUCCCGGAAUCUGGAGAUGGUGGUCCACGUCCUCAAGGAGACGCUGGACGAGAUCCGGCCCCCUCGCCGGCCGGAGAAGCUCCUGACGGCGGCCGACCUGGGGUGCUCCUGCGGCCAGAACACGAUCUUUGUCGCCGAUGUCAUCGUGCAGCACAUGACCGACCUGUACACCUCCCGCGGACACGCUCCUCCUGAGUUCAGCUUCUACUUCUCCGAUCUCCCGAGCAACGACUUCAACACCCUCUUCAAGCUGCUCCCGGAUCCCGCGACGGCAGGCGCCCGGCCGCGAUACUUCGCCGCCGGUGUGCCGGGGUCCUUCCACGGCCGUCUGUUCCCCGAAAGGUCCAUCGACGCAUUCACCUCCACCUUCUCGCUGCAUUGGCUCUCUCAGGUCCCCAAAGAAGUGGUGGACAAGGGGUCCGCGGCAUACAACAAGCGGAAGGUGUUCGUGCACGGCGCGCCGGAGGCGACAGGGUUGGCGUACAAGCGGCAGUUCCAGUCCGAUCUGGCGCGCUUCCUGCGCUGCCGCGCCGCCGAGCUGAAGCGCGGCGGCGCCGUGUUCCUUGUCUGCCUCGGCCGGCCGUCCUCCGCCACCCCCACGGAUCAGGGCACCGUCAGGUUCCUGUUCGGCGCCAUGUUCCAGGACUCGUGGGACGACCUCGUCGGAGAGGGGCUGAUGGAUGGCGAGAAGAUGGAUGGCUUCAACGUCCCGGUGUACGCGCCAACCCUCGAGGAGUUCAGGGAGGUGGUGAACGCCGACGGCUCGUUCCAGAUCAAUCGGCUGGAGAUGGUGACGGGGAGCCCUCCGGUCGUCGACCACCCGGAUGAUCCCGCCGCCGUCGGCCUCACGGUGGCGAACAAUGAGCGGUCGCUCCUGGGACCCCUCGUCGACGCGCACGUCGGGACGGCGCUGGGCGGCGAGCUCUUCGGCAGGCUGCGCCGCCGGGCGGAGGAACGCGCCCAGGAGCUGAUGGAAGAGAUGCGCUUCCCCCACGUAGUGUGCUCCCUUUCGCUCGCGUCACCACGCCACCUGAAAUGACUGACGCUUUCCAGAAUUUGUGGAACU